AAAAAAUGAUUCCUACUCCUCCACCUGAGGCUCUGGCACCAGCUGAGAAAAGGACCUUUCUGAGGAAGAAAAUUUAUCAACAGAAAGAUGGUAGCAAUGUGAGCUGGAGUGAUAAAGCCCUAGUGAGAUUGGAGACCUGGAGAAGAAAAGAAAAUGAAAGGACUGAGCAUGCAAAGAAGAAGCGAGCAAUACUGGAGCUCCAGAAAUUGCAGCACCUCCACUUUCCAACAAGCCACUGGUUCUGUACUCAACCAGCCACUUCCCAGCAAUAUCAGAAUUUGCAGAUUUCUGAAAACCUCUUUGAAACGGAGUUUGCUGCUUGGAUGCAGCCUCACAAGAAGUCCCAUGUCCUUUCCCAUCCGUGCGCUGUGAUGCAGGAGGCCCCCAUCAACUUUUCCAGGGAAUUUCCUUACAGACUAGCCUGGGGACCUGUGACCACACAUGACCUGGAGGCAAAACCGCGUUACCCAAGGACGAUGCUGGGCUUGUUUAAAGACGGCAAAGCAAGCAGCCUCCUUGUAGAGAGAAAUCUGCAGCCAACAAAAUCAAUCCCUAGCAAAGGGAGGUACAUCUUGGUGAAUGCUGAGACUCCUUCAAUAUCCUCUACCCCGCCUGUAAGCAGCCCACUGGAAGAGAGGUUACUGAGUGUCCGAUUCCCCAAACAAAAAAAAAGGGUGCUUCAAACUCUGCCCCACAAUGUGCACAAGCAUUCUCAGCCUCCUGCAGCAAUGCAACACCUUCUCGCUUUAUGAAGGCAUUUCCAGGAGUGGCUAACACCAUAACAAGACCACUUUUCUAGUCCUGCAGAUUGCAUUUUGUAAUGUGAUCUUUUUUCCCAAGCUAUAUUGUUACCUGUUUUCUCUCUUUAAUCUUGUGUUAAUACUCCAUGGUUGAUACUCGUUAGCACCAAAGUGAAUAUUCAGUGAGCAAUAAUAGCCAAAGGGGGUCGCAUUUUCUAGCUGUUAAUUACCAGAUAGGCUGAGAACUAGGGAGUAGGGUCCUGGAAAACUUUUAUGCCAAAAUCCAGCUUUUCUGGUUUCAUUACCAGAGCAGAGCUCUCAAGGGUGUGCACUGACCUCUAGACCAUUUCAUGUGAACCUGGGACUGGGCUGGGCCUCCCAACAAACAGCAUACCGUCUCCCUUAACCUGUAGCCAUUUUUAUGCGGGAGGGGACCUUUACUCCCCUAACAAAAGUCUUUGAGGAGGAGCUAGAUGGUUCUCUCUUCCCACCAGACAUUAUCUGAGGAGCCGGCAAGCAGGCUUGCUGUGCUUCCCAAUAACAGAAAGGUUUCUGAAGGAUGCCUGGUAGCCCUACGCUACCCACCAUCUGAGAUCUGAGGUGAUUCAGUCAGCCCAGAACUACUUGACAGGGCUUGCCUCCAUCUAAAGAUCUUGAGAGGGGGAGAGUGGCCCAGAACCCACUAUGUGGAGACUCCAGAAGGCUGGUAAAGUCCACUAGCUCUUGCCCCCUCCUUGAAGAUAUCUGAAGUAAAAUUUCAGUGUGGAGAGCCGGGGUGAACCCAACACUGAGGGCUGCAAAACAGAUGAACUGAAAUUCUCCCCCAACCCCAAAUUGUUUUUUGUUCACUGAAGCCAACAGCUUUUAUGUAGUCCUGCCUGAAAACUCAAGCCCUCAAUCCAACCACCCAUUCAUUAAUUGCCAGAAACUACCCAAGUCAGAGGUCAAAUCACUC